CCCCUGCUCUUAACCCGCGCGCGGGGGCGCCCGGCCACUGCGCUCCACCGAGCCAGAGAUCGGUCACCGCGGAGCUAGAGCCGCGCGUCCCAUCCCCAGGCCGACGCAGCCCGCCGGCAUGGCCCCCGCAGCGGCGUCGGGGGGCAGCUCCCUCCCCAGCGGCUUCGCGGUCUUCAUCACCUUCCCGGACCUGCUCUUCAUCUUCGAAUUUGUCUUCGGGGGCCUGGUGUGGAUCCUGGUCGCCUCGUCGCUGGUGCCCAUGCCCCUGGUCCAGGGCUGGGUGAUGUUCGUGUCUGUGUUCUGCUUCGUGGCCACCACUGCCCUGCUCAUCCUGUACAUAAUUGGCACCCAUGGCGGGGAGGCCUCCUGGGUCACCCUGGAUGCAGCCUACCACUGCACCGCAGCCCUGUUUUACCUCAGCGCCUCCGUCCUGGAAGCCCUGGCCACCAUCGAGAUGUACGAGGGCUUCACCUACAAGCAGUACCACGAGAACAUCUCCGCUGUGGUGUUUUCCUACGUAGCCACUCUGCUGUACGUGGUCCAUGCAGUGUUUUCUCUAAUCCGAUGGAAGUCUUCAUAAAGCCGCAGAAGAUCUUCAGCUAAAACCUGGACGGUGUUACCUGAUCAGCCCGUCUUCCAGCCUAACUUUGUAGAAUGCAGAAAUGCUCUCCAUGGUGGAAAAAAGAAACCAACCCUCCCC